GCUAAUCAGCAACAGUGUGAGCUACUGAAGCUUACGAGUCUUUGAAGUCUUUUUGCAAGAAGGUCUUCCUGCAAGAAAUUUUAGUGCUCUACAUGGCUUCAACUAAGCUAACUUCAGACGUCACCGUAGAUUACAUAUCGAAGCACUGCCCAGAAUUUUUCGAUGGUGGCUGCCCAUAUGCCAAGCUUGCCCAAGAAAAAGAAGGCGUCUGUGCCAAAUGUCCUCCUUUCAACAAUGGCUGCCCUUUCAAACAAUGCAAGACCGUGGGUGAGCUUCAAGACAUAAUGGGUUUGAUGCGUGACCAGUCCAAAGGUGAAGCUCAAUGGAUUGAAUUUUUGAAGGACGUCGUCUCUCUUAGUAAGGAAAAACAAGUAGAGUACGGAACUGUCGCCCCUUCAAGCUUCUUCAAGGGUGGCUGCCCCUUUGCCAAGGACACUGCAGGAAAGGAGAUUUUGAAACCUGCAUACGCUGUGACUUCAGACGUCACCAUAAAUUAUAUAUCAAAGCACUGCCCAGCAUUUUUCGGUGGUGGCUGCCCAUAUGCCAAGCUUGCCCAAGAGAAAAAAGGCAUCUGUGCCAAAUGUCCUCUUUUCAACAAUGGCUGCCCUUUCAAACAAUGCAAGACCGUGGGUGAGCUUCAAGACAUGAUGGGUCAGAUGCGUGACCAGUGCAAAGGCGAAGCUCAAUGGAUCGAGUUUUUGAAGGACGUCGUCUUUCUUAGUAAGGAAAAACACGUAGAGCACGGAACUGUCUCCCCUCCAAGCUUCUUCAAGGGUGGCUGUCCCUUUACUAAAGACAAUGCAGGAAAGGAGAUUUUGAAACCUGCAUACACUGUGUAUCCAUAUUCUUUGACUGUUGAAGAGAUCGUCAAGAACUGCCCAGUUUUUGGCAAAGGUGUGUGCCCAUAUAAAGCUCUUAUUGAUGAAAUGAAAGGAAUCACCGGAAACUGCCCUAGUUUCAAAGAGGGAUGUCCAUUCAAGAAUCUGACAACCAUGGGUGAGUACGUAGGCAAACUGGCCGAAAUGCGAGAUAAGACAGCUACUCCUAAGGUUCGAGCUGCAUUCGAGAAGUUGAUGAAGAGGGUUCAUGAGAUCUCCAAGGAAGCUGAAAAGAAAGCAGGACCCUGGCCAUUCCCUCUAGAUACCUGCCCAAUCUUUGCCCGUGAUGCGCACGGAAAGCGUAUCAUGCCAAAAUACAAUUAGGUUUCCUCAGAGUGGAAGAAGGAGGAUCUGACUGAGCUAACUGGUGUUUGAGUAGUUUUUUUUCAGAAGUGACUUUUAAUUCCAUUUUGGUGUCUUGUUUGAGGGUAUGUUUUUAAGUCAGUCAGUUUCCUCCCGAUAUUUUAACUUUUAUAUACAGGUUGUGGUGUUGGGAUCUUUAUUGGUUGGGUGAGAAGCCUCGGUACAUGAUGAGAUGAUGAGAUAGGUAUCAAAUUAUCUAUGAAAAGCUCCCGCUCAUUCAGCCGGGCUGAACGACCCCGUUCCUUAGUGUAUUGUGUAUUGAACUGCCUAAAAGGUAAAAGUAAGUGAUGCUACUUUGUAGUAUUUGUUAUAUGUGUUCCUUGCUACGAGAUGUCUCGGUGUUGGGCUUUUUUUGAAGAGCUUUUUUUUUACUUAUUUGGCAAUAAACAACUCCCCUCCCUGUUUUCAAAGUGUUUAUCCUUUAACGAGACUAACGUAGGGAUUUCCAGGUUAUUCUUUGGUCAUAAUUGCAUUUGAUCUUGUCGUCAAGCGCAGCUUCAACACUGUAACAGUAUUCAACCUUUUAUCUAGGAAUAUAAUAACAAUAAAGCUCUUCUCUUUGGGGUUUUAAAAUGAUUGUCA